AUGCGCGUGGAAUGCAGCUCACAUUUACCAGACAGGAAUCCCGAUUCCGUCAGAUCCGAGAAUUUCACGCCCGUCAAGCGAAAGCUCACUGAUACCUCACGCACUACGAGUACACCAAUUAAAUUCCAGUCCUUGGACAGCGAAGAUGAGUUCAACGAUGGUGAAGCAGCGUACAAAAAAUUCAAAGCGCGCAAAUCACUUAAGCGAAGGCAGAGCGCAGCCGCAACACGCAAGGCAAAACUGCCCAAGAAAGAGCCGCGGAACAGCGACGUGAUCGUUGGCCGCGUGAAGCAAGAACGCUCGAGGUCCAGACCCAUACGGCCUUUGCAAUAUGGCGAUGUGUCUUCCGAAGAUGAAUUGAUGGAGCAUACUCUUCCAGGAUAUUUGAAGCAGCGCCGACUUCAAUUUGACCGCAAGAAGGAACAUCUCCAGGAGUCGGGUCUGAAAUUACCGCCUUCCUACGAGGAUGUGGAGUUCUCUGAUGAUGAGCGUCUCGAACACUUACAAGAGAAGCCGUCAUUCCCGGGCAGAACACCGGUCCGUGACUACAAAGAUAUCACUUUACCUUACUCUCUGGGGCUGAUCCCUGCACCGAUCGCGCAAUGGCUACGCCAAUACCAGGUGGAGGGAGCCGCAUUUCUUCAUGAAAUGUUUGUCUACCAGAAGGGCGGUGUUCUCGGCGACGAUAUGGGCCUUGGAAAGACAAUCCAGGUUAUUGCAUUUUUGACAGCAGCCUACGGGAAGACAGUCGAUGAACGAGAUGCCAAACGUAUGCGCAAGAUGCGCAGAUCCCAGGACAAUGCGUGGUACCCACGUUCCUUGAUCGUGUGUCCUGGAACAUUGAUCUCGAACUGGAUAGCCGAGCUUCAACGGUGGGGCUGGUGGCAUGUCGACGUGUACCACGGCCCCAACAAGGACUUGGCCCUCCAUGCUGCACGCUCUGGCAGAGUGGAGAUCCUGAUCACGACAUACACCACGUACGUGAAUAACAAGGACUCUGUAAACAUGGUCGAGUGGGACUGUGUGAUCGCCGAUGAAUGCCACAAAAUCAAGGAGCGAAAAUCAGAAACCACCCAGGCCAUGAAUCAGAUCAACGCUCUCUGUCGCAUUGGCCUGACUGGUACGGCUAUUCAGAACCGAUACGAGGAGCUGUGGACGCUUCUGAACUGGACAAACCCCGGCGUACUCGGCCCGGUGACUACAUGGAACGCGCAGAUUGCGGAGCCGUUGAAAAUCGGCCAGUCUCAUGAUGCAACCAUAAACGAGCUCAGCAAAGCUCGAAAGACAGCUAAGAAACUAGUCGAGAACCUUCUCCCGCAGUUUUUCCUACGACGAAUGAAGAGUUUGAUUGCAGAUCAACUACCCAAGAAAAGUGAUCGCGUAGUCUUCUGUCCAUUGACUUGGACGCAAGCCGAAGCAUACGAGAACUUCCUGGAUAGCGACAUGGUCAAUUAUAUCAAAUACUCUACGGAUCAGUGCACCUGUGGAUCAGGGAAGAAACAAGGCUGGUGCUGCAAGACUAUCAUCCCUGGGAUUGAUCAACCCUGGCAGGCAUUUGUCUUUCCUGCUAUUGCCGUGCUGCAAAAACUCAGCAACCACCUUGCGAUUCUCAUACCACAGGGUAACGAUUCACGGGAGAAGCAGGAGAAGGAGAGAGACAUGUUGGAAAUUGCCCUACCAGAACAGUGGGAAGACCUUUACCGUUCUCGGGAUUCGAUCGUGAAUUAUGCGAAUCCUGAGUUCUGUGGCAAGUGGAAGGUCCUCCGCAAGUUGUUAAGGUGGUGGCACGCAAAUGGUGACAAGGUCCUUGUCUUCUCACACAGCGUCCGGCUGUUGAGGAUGCUGCAAAUGCUCUUCAACCAUACCAGCUAUAAUGUGAAUUACCUAGAUGGUUCGAUGAGUUACGAGGACCGCGCCAAAGCCGUGGACGACUUCAACUCUGAUCCAAAUCAGUUCGUCUUCUUGAUCUCUACAAAGGCUGGUGGCGUUGGGCUGAACAUCACAUCCGCGAACAAGGUCGUGGUGGUCGAUCCGAACUGGAACCCUUCCUACGACUUGCAAGCUCAAGACCGAGCCUACCGUAUUGGACAAACUCGUGAUGUCGAAGUUUUCCGACUCGUCUCUGCCGGUACUAUCGAAGAGAUUGUAUAUGCCCGACAAAUCUACAAGCAACAGCAGGCUGAAAUCGGGUAUAAUGCCAGCUCUGAACGUCGAUACUUCAAGGGCGUUCAAGAGAAGAAAGAUCAAAAGGGCGAGAUUUUCGGAUUAAAAAACCUCUUUUCAUACCAGUACGACAACGUCGUCCUCCGAGACAUCGUGAACAAGACCAACGUCGCCGAGAGCCGAGCCGGCGUGCAGGUAGUGGACUUUGAGUUUGAAGAAGAGGAGGAUCCCACCGGUGAAAGACUGGUCAAAUCCGAGGACGAGGCAAUGAGCCAACUGGCUGCAAGAAUCCGCGGUGAGGACGAGGACGGAUCCAAGUCUGAACCCACGUCACGCAAGCAUGAUCCAGUACAGGCAAUCCUUGCUGGCGCAGGAGUCGAAUACACCCACUUGAAUAACGAAGUUAUCGGAUCUUCCCGCGUCGAAGAACAACUCAGUCGACGCGCCGCUCAGACAACGAACGACCCGGGAGCCAACUACCAAGUCUUCAACCCCUACGAAGAUGUUACAAUCGACGAUCCACUUGCAGAGCCUCGGGCCCCGCCCGAUCCCGCGAUACAGGGCCCCCUUCGCAGCGCUGAAGGGAAGCUUUCCCACUUCAAGUACAAUCCGCCGACAGACGUGCAGCGUCGCCAGUUCUGCAGCAUGGCACGGCGCUUUGGAUGUGCGGACGCUACGGAGUUUGCACUCGUCGUGGAGAAUAUGACCCAGGCGGAGCGAACAGCGACUCUCGAUCGUUGGUACCAGGAAAGGCGUGACUUCUUGGUCAAGGGUGAGGUGACGAGUGGGAUCAGACCCGAGAUCAAGUCUGAAAACAGAGUUGAGGUGAAGCCGCGUAUUCAGGACGAGAGAUGA